UAUGAAACGUGUGAGGCUAGAGGUUGAAUCCGGUGUGGGGCCGUCCGAAACGGACCAAGGCAGGGGUGGCCCUCGGGGCCAUAAAGCCGAGGAGGAAGUUGGUUAGGAAGCUUCCCUAAAGUCUUCGGGGGUCGAGGGGUCUACCUCGUCAGGCUACCUGAGUGAGGAGUUGGUACUAGCGACUAAUCAGCGAGGUAGGAUUAAGCUGGGUUCUAGGGACGAUGGUGUUGGCAUAGAUCAACCAGGCACGAGUAUGACCCUUGAGGAGAUUAAUGAGCUAAGGUGUAAUUGGCAUAUUCCCGAUACUGUUUAUUUGCGACCCAUUGAAGAUACUGAGUGGGCCAGUCAUCCUCCCCGCAGUUGGACCUUGUUUUACCCGUAUCAACUUAGUUGCAGUUUGUGUUUUCCUCUCUCUCGGCGGCUGCAAUAUCUGUUGUACUCGCUGAACAUAGCCAUUGGGCAACUGACUCCUAACGCCCUCAGGAUCUUGACCGGGGUAAUCCUACUUUGGAAGAUGUGUGGACUGAAAUGUCUGACCUAUAACGAGUUCAAUGCCAUGUAUAAGCUUUCAUACUCGGCCAAGUAUGGAGGUUGUGUUACGCUGAGGCCUCGGAAGUAUGGGUCUAUUAUCGAAGAUCUCGUCACCAAUAUCAGCCCCUCGUGGGUGAAAAAGCCUUGCUUCGCCGGUGGUUUUUGGUAGCUUCCCAACCAGGGAUUCGAGGUGCCCGCACACUUCCAACCUAUUAGGGAGCAGCCUUAUGCCCUUAGUGAUCUUGAGAGGAAGCGCAUUCUUAGGGUGAAGUGUAAAUUCCCUGCCCGUACGAGAGGGGUCUAUAAGUUGUGUCGAUUACCGAUGUACGCUAAAUGGCGUUUGGUGAGGGUUCCUGGUGAGGAUUGAUAGUCUUUUCAAGUGUUUGUGUUGUUGUGAUUGACUGACGUAUUUCUUUGCUGUAUAUAACAUGGCUGGCUAAGGUAGCAAUACUAGCAUGAUGCCAUAUGCCAAGGUCUCCACCGAGGUUAUAUUGGCCGAGUUAGAGCAUGAAUCGAAAGCGGCUUGCCGAGCCGAUGUUGAUCUGGAGACUCAGCAGGCUGUUGAUAAGGAUUUCCUGGUGGAUUUUUCCAUGGAAAUGCCGCUCUAUGCUGGGGUUCCCGAGGGGGUUGCCGAGCUGCUUGGACUCGACAAUGCUGAAGAAGAGGGUGCCCAAGUGGUCGUGGGUAGUGGGGAGGAAGAAGUCCCCCCAGUGUCAGUUCCUGAACACCAACCUUUCAUUGAGGAGCAAGAGGUUGUUCCGGGAGCAGAAGUGCCAGUGGUAGACCUGGAUGGGCUGAGUGUUAGGGAUGUCGCGGAGGUCGUGGCUCCUGAUUGUGUGUCAGAGGAAGGGCCUCACCAGAAUGUACCGGUGUCUAAUAGUUCAGGCGAGGCCGAGGUGACGAGUUGGCCGGCUUCCAUUGUGGGCGUUGUUAGAGCUGCCGAUUUGGGCCUUGUGGUGCCGCAGGAUUGCCGAGUUGUCGCCUCUGAAUGUGUUGGUCCCCAGGCUGGGUCCCUAGCUCCCCUGGUGUGUGCUACACAUGCUCGGAGUGCCGUGCUUGUGCUAAGUAAGAGGAAAGGUGUUCGCUUUGGUCACCCUGCCGUCGGCUUGUCUCUAAAUCCACGUCCCAAGAAGAAAACUCGGCGAAGUGGUGACGAGGGUAGGAAGUCUAAAUCUCACUCUAGUGGGUCUCGACACUCCCAGGCUGAGGUGGCGAGUAAUCUGACUCGUGCUCUCGGGGAGAUUGGGGUCGGUGAAAGUUACAUGCCCACCAUGGUGGCCGACCUGCGCCUUAUUCACCGUGAUGGAGGUCGGAUCCACCGAGGAGAUCUUGUCGCCGACGUCGAGGGUGCUCGGGAGGGUAUAAUGAGGGUUGGUAUUUUAUUGCUCAUUUUGUGUUAUUGUUCCCGUUCUUACUAUGACUCCCUUGCUUUGGUAGGCAGGCUGUGCAUGGGGUUUAUGCCUCCUUAGAUGGUUUGGUUCGUCACCAUGCCUCAGAGAUUGCUCGCCUGGAGGUUACCUUGGAGGCUGAGAGAGUUCGGGCUGAUGGGAUGCAACAAACUUUAAAUGUCGAGCCUGAGCGGUUAGGAUAACUACAACGAGCCAUUGAUGAAGGUGUUGAGAGAAGGCUCCAACUCGAGCGAGAUCUAUUCGCAGCCCAGGAGUCCAGGCAUGAACUAUAGGGCAGCCUGGCUCGGGAGCAAGGUCUAAGAGUGGACGCCAAGGCCUCGCUGGGGUUGGCCCGCUCGGAGAUUACUGAGCUUCGGCUGAGUAAUGAGGAGCUGGAAUGUGUCGUGCGGCAGGUGGACGAGCUGAGACUGGAAUUGGACCGCCUUGCGACUCGAAAUGCCGAGUAUGAAGUUGUGGUCAAGUAGCGAGAUGUAGAUUUAGCUGCACUGAACCCUUUGGCAGAUUAGUUGGAGGCCGAGGUGCUUCGGCUCCGGGUCUUUGAGCAGCAAGCAUUUGAGAAUGGUGCCGAGACUAAUCGCCUCAGGGCUGAGUUGGAAGAAACGAAGUUGCAAUUGGCUAACUCGGAAGGGAGGAGGGAGCACUUAGUGAAUGAGUGUAUUCAGUUGGACAAGGCGCGCACCUUGACUAGAGACGUGUUGCAGAAAGCUAGGAGGGAAGGUGCGGAUUGGUGGGCAAGCACAUUUGAACGAGGUCCCGCUUUUGCUGCGAAGAUGAAACGAGCCUUCGAUCAAGGUUGUACUCAUUGGACCAAAAUGACCAUUGCUCGGGGCUGGGUUGACAAAGAAAGGAUGACUCGGGAUCUAUAGCCGAUCGCACUGCUGAGAACGAGGCGAAGGCUCAUGAGGAGCCGUCCACGAUGUGAAUUGCCUUCCUCCUAG